CAUAAAAGCAUAAAAACAUGCUUCUAUAGGCAAGUUCAUCCCGUUGACCUUUUCAUUCCCACAACAUUUUGUUAUGGCAGAAUCCGGUGUGGUAGAGAUAAUUGGCAAACCUGUCCAAGAACUGCUGUUGAAUCCUCGAAAUCUGCUAAAGAAUUACAUGUACGAGGAAGGUGGUGCUGGAUUUCGCGAUGCUCUUGUUCCAUCACAAGAUGAUGAAAAUGUUCCCGUGCUUGAUCUUCUUCUUCUCUCAUCUCCAUCUACAGCACAACAAGAACUUGCUAAACUCCGCCAUGCGCUUCAUUCGUGGGGCUGCUUUCAGUUUUGGGAUUCUCAGGCAAUAAACCAUGGAAUGGAAAACUCGUUUCUGGACAAAGUGAGAGAAGUUUCAAAACAGUUCUUUCAACUUCCAAAGGAAGAAAAGGAAAAAUGUGCUAGGGAACCAAAAGAUGUUGAAGGGUAUGGCAAUGAUGUAAUAUAUUCGGCAAAUCAAAGGCUUGAUUGGACUGACAGAGUAUACCUAAAGGUGCUGCCUGAAGACCAGAGGAAGUUCAAAUUUUGGCCUCAAAACCCCCAUGAUUUCAGGAGUACUGUUGUAGAGUAUACUGAAAGCAUAAAGCUGCUAAGUGAAGUAAUUCUUAAAGCCAUGGCAAAGUCACUGAACUUGGAAGAGGAUUGCUUCCUGAAUGAAUGUGGAGAGGGAGGAGACACUUUUCUGAGAUUGAACCACUACCCUCCAUGUCCAUUGCCUGAUCAUGUUCUCGGUUUGAAGACACAUUCUGAUGGAUCCACCAUAACAUUUCUCUUGCAAGACAAUGAAGUAGAAGGUUUCCAACUCCUCAAAGAUCAUAAGUGGUUUAAAGUUCCUAUCAUCCCAGAAGCUCUUGUCAUUAUUGUUGGUGAUCAAAUAGAGAUAAUGAGCAAUGGAAAUUUCCAGAGUCCAAUGCACAGGGCAGUGGUAAAUGCAGAAAAGGAAAGGCUGACAGUGGCAAUGUUCUUCGUUCCAAACUCAGAGAAAAAGAUUAAAGUAGUGGAUAAGCUCGUGAAGGAUUCAAGACCAGUGUUAUACAAACCAGUGAAAAAUUAUGUUGAGAUAUAUCUCCAGUAUUAUCAGCAAGGCAAAAGGGCAAUUGAAGCUUUCAAAAUUUGAUUUUAGUAUGCUUUUCUAAUAUAUUGGAAAAUGUCUUUUUAACAAUAUUUUUUGACAAUUUUUUUACAACUGUUUAUGUGAUAGUUUGUAAUUGAUUCGUUUCAAAUAUAGGAACACAUAAUCUAUCUAU